AUUGUUGUUAAAAUUACCAGUGUAACCGAAUGAAUAGUUUUAUUAAUAUUAUUUAUACUUUCUCGCCGGGUUUAUUUAUAUAUUUUUUUUUAUAAUUUUAAUUAGCUUGCCACUUACCCCACCACUGACCAAUAAAUAAAAAAAUACAUAAACAAACAAAGAAUCCCGAAGAUUUAAGUAACUUGGUCCACCCUGUGCUUAGCCUAAAAAUUAAACACCAGUAACCAGUAUCAAAAUAUACUUUUAGUGAAUUGUUUAUAAUUUAUUCGAUAUUCACUGUCGAAUUUAUUUGAUAAUUUAGUUUAUUUAAUUUAUAAAAAACAAUAAAAACAAACAAUUGUUAUUAUGUUUUAGUAAUACUUCAAGUAACACAUAUUUAUUUAAAUUAUAUCGUCUCUUUUUUAUAAAUAUUUUUUUUGUACAAAUAAAUAAUAAAAUAAUGGCAAAUAUUGCGGCUCAAAGAAUAAAACGCGAAUUCAAGGAGGUUAUCAAAAGUGAAGAGGUGGCCAAAUGUGCGAUCAGAGUGGAGCUGGUAAAUGACAGUUUUACUGAAUUAAAAGGAGAAAUUGCUGGUCCUCCAGACACGCCGUAUGAGGGUGGAAAUUUCGUUUUAGAGAUUAAAGUACCAGAAACUUAUCCAUUUAAUCCACCAAAGGUGAGAUUUAUUACAAAAAUUUGGCAUCCUAAUAUAUCAUCAGUUACCGGUGCUAUAUGUCUAGAUAUUUUAAAAGAUCAAUGGGCAGCGGCUAUGACUCUUAGAACUGUGUUAUUAAGUUUGCAAGCAUUAUUGUCAGCAGCGGAGCCAGAUGAUCCCCAAGAUGCUGUAGUAGCGAAACAAUAUAAAGAACACCCAGAAAUGUUUCGUCAAACUGCAAAACACUGGACAUCUGUUUACGCUGGAGGUCCUGCAAAAAUGCCUGAACUUACGGAUAAAAUAAGACGACUCACAGACAUGGGGAUUGAUGAACACAACGCGCGAGUAGCUCUGUCCUCGUACAACUGGGAUUUAGAAAGAGCUACUGAGCAAUUAUUCAGUUAGUGUCUAUUACAUUUUUCUUUAUAUUUUUAUUUACAUCCCGCAAAAUUAUCAAAAGUAACUUUUUCAUCAUGUAACGCCGUUCGGUCAACCAUUUAGCAAACAAUUACACCGUGUAUCAUAUCUAUUAAAUACUAAUAAUAGUUAUAAUAAAUCCACUAAUUAAUUAAUAUAAAUAAA